AUGACCCUGCCCGGGGGCCCGACGAGCAUGGCGCGGCCGGGGGGCGCGGGGCCCUGCAGCCCGGGGUUGGAGCGGGCCCCGCGCCGGAGUGUCGGGGAGCUGCGCCUGCUCUUCGAGGCGCGCUGCGCGGCGGUCGCUGCCGCCGCCGCCGCAGGGGAGCCCCGGGCCCGCGGGGCCAAAAGGCGUGGGGGACAGGUCCCGAACGGGCUUCCGCGGGCUCCCCCUGCCCCGGUGAUCCCGCAGCUGACUGUGACAGCUGAGGAGCCGGACGUACCCCCGACCAGCCCGGGGCCACCGGAGCCGGAGGGUGGCUGGCUCCCGGCCGUGGGCUCCUCACACCUGCAGCAGCCGCGCCGCCUCUCCACCUCGUCGCUCUCCUCUACUGGCUCCUCGUCGCUGCCCGAGGACUCAGAGGACGAUCUGCUGAGCGACAGCGAAAGCCGGAGCCGCGGCAACGUGCAGCUGGAAGCCAGCGAGGACGUGGGUCAGAAAAGCCACUGGCAGAAGAUUCGGACCAUGGUGAAUCUGCCCGUCAUGAGCCCUUUCAAGAGGCGCUAUGCCUGGGUGCAGCUGGCUGGGCACACGGGGAGUUUCAAGGCGGCUGGCACCAGCGGGCUGAUCCUGAAGCGCAGCUCAGAGCCGGAGCGCUACUGCCUGGCGCGGCUCAUGGCGGACGCGCUGCGCGGCUGCGUGCCCGCCUUCCACGGCGUGGUGGAGCGCGACGGCGAGAGCUACUUGCAGUUACAGGACCUGCUCGACGGCUUCGACGGGCCCUGCGUACUUGACUGCAAGAUGGGCGUCAGGACUUACCUGGAAGAGGAGCUGACCAAAGCCCGCGAGCGGCCUAAGCUGCGGAAGGACAUGUACAAGAAGAUGCUGGCGGUAGACCCGGCGGCUCCUACCGAGGAGGAGCACGCGCAGCGCGCGGUCACCAAGCCACGCUACAUGCAGUGGCGAGAAGGCAUCAGUUCCAGCACCACACUGGGCUUCCGCAUCGAAGGCAUCAAGAAAGCUGAUGGCUCCUGCAGCACCGACUUCAAGACGACGCGAAGCCGGGAGCAGGUGAUUCGUGUCUUCGAGGAGUUUGUACAAGGGGAUGCGGAAGUGCUGAGGAGGUAUCUGAACCGCCUGCAGCAGAUCCGGGACACCCUGGAGGUCUCUGAGUUCUUUAGCAGGCACGAGGUGAUCGGCAGUUCGCUGCUCUUCGUGCACGAUCACUGCCAUCGCGCCGGUGUGUGGCUCAUUGACUUCGGCAAGACCACGCCCCUCCCCGACGGCCAGACCCUGGACCACCGGCGGCCCUGGGAGGAGGGCAACCGCGAGGACGGCUAUUUGCUGGGGCUGGACAAUCUCAUUAGCAUCCUGGCCAGCCUGGCUGAGAGAUGAGGCUGGGCCCUGGUUCUGACAGAUGGACCUGCGGCCGUGUCCACACCAUGCAUGCAGCCAGAGACUGAAACCCUGCGGUGCCGGGAGGUUCACACGGUUCUGAAGGCCAAGUGCCAACCACCAUGGGACGCACUGCACGAGCAGGGGGCUGUCUCCAAAGCAAGCCCCAGAGUUCCCAGAACCGAUGGCACUAAUUAACCCAGGGAGGGGGGGUAGGGAGGCUGGCUGGGACAAUGGCCUCCUUCCUCAGCCCAGCUCUCUUGAGGGGGCUGCAUAUCUCUCUAGAGAGGCCAGAUAAUGAAUUUUAUUUCGCAGACACUAGAUCUAUUGGUCUAACCUCCCACACUACAAUGGACAGCCUUUGCCAAUAAAACUCAAAGACACCAGC